CUGAAGCAUUUAAACUUUUUACCCUUCAGAACCAAAACCCUUUAAAGAGCAAGCCACUGACUGCGGUAUGUGAUGUUGUCCAAUUUUAAAUAUCUCAAAUAAAUCAUAAAUUGCAGCAAAAUACAUACAUUAUCUGGUGUCAGCCCGCUAGGUGGCGCCAUUUAACGAUACAAACCGUAAUUUAACUUUCACUUUACAACAUGUGACUUUUCAAAAUUACUUCUCAAUUUAAUUGCGCAAAUGCUGUGAUUGUAGUUUAAACUGUCAUAUGGGAAAGUAACAAACUUUUGACGCCUAAAAAAUCUUUUAAUUUAAUUCUUUACUUUUUAGUAUGUUUCAUAAAUGUAUUUCUAAAGAGUAUGUAAGUAAAUAAAAAUAAGCUCUUUCCUCAGCUCGUGUUAUUUUUAUUUUUUUUUAAUAAUAUAAAUUAGUCAUUAAUAUAAAUCACUAAAUAUCAGUCUUAAGUUAUUUGUUUUUGGUUUUAUGCAAUUUAUUUUUUAAAAUUCAAAUAAACUAAUUUAAGGUAGCCUAUAUGACCCUGUUCUGGUCAUGACACUGAAUAAUAUAAACUUAAAACAAAUAUUUGAAAUGUACUUAUAUGUUUGAGAUCACCCCAAUGCUGUGAUAUGUUUUUUUAAAAAGAAAAUAUUAAUUUAGAAAUUAACUUUUUUCAGAUUUUAAAAUAUUUUUAUCUGAUCUACUUAAAACAUAGUAUCUUAAACCCAUCUUUUGUAUCAGUACAUUAGCACUUUACAGAAAAGUUAAGCUAUAAUUAUCCAAUAUACAGAACAAAUUGUAGAAAAAUACAAUAAAUCCAAAUAGAUAUUUAUCAGGAGUGCUUCAUUGUUAAUGUAUGUGAAAUACAUUGCAUUUAUGCUUUAGAACACAUAUUUUUAUGACCCCAUUAAUGGAACAUUUUUUCAGGGCAUCACGUUUAUAUCAAUCUUUAUAAUCAGUUUUUAUAAAAUUUUAAAAAGUGAUACUCAAGCUGAUACUUCCAUGUAUUUUUUUUUUAAGUAGGCCUAAUUGAAAUGGCCUUUCUUAGUCCCAAAGUCCAUGGUUCAAAAUUCAUACUUGAUUUAUUUAAUGCUUGAGAGAGAUUAAUUCACCCACAUAUUUAAAUUAAAUUACUAAAUUCAAGUUUUUCAUGUACAUGUUCAUCAUUAAGUUGUAAAGUAAUGGCUACACUUACUGCGCACUCUCCACCUUUCGAUGGGAGGAGAGAGAGAGAGAGAGAGAGAGAGAGAAGGUAACUGACGAGCAGGUUUAUUUUCAUAUGGAGCUUUUGUGCUCGUUUACAACUAUCUGAGCAUCUGUCGAAAGUUGCACAGGGCCGCAAACGGAUAUUUUCUCCUCAAUGGUAAGUGGAUCUGUCUAAAGUUCUAUAUAUUUAUAUAUCAUCUUUCAAAGUUUUUGUGAAGUUUUGUCAAGUAGCCUAUAUUAGAAGUAGUUCCUGUUGUUGAACAAGCAUGCUGAAAUAUGCGACAGUAAUUAAUGCUAUAGAGCCUGAUUUCGCACACUUAAAAGAUACAUGUUUUUUAAUUGUUUGAAUAAUCUAAAUAUAGGCUAGUUUUAAUAUUUUUAAUGAGACACCAUCAAAUCACAUUUGUUCAUACUGUCUUUUUGCAAAAAAGUAAAAACCCGUGGGUGAAUUCACUUAGUUUCGUACAUUUAUUUUUGUUUUUCAGUGAUUAUUUGUCCACACAUUAAGCUUUUAUUUUGCUUUUACAUUUUCUUGGGAAAACUCCUAUUUUAAAAGGAUGGCAUUUGUAAUUUUAGUUUCAAAACCAUGUCACAGUUAUGUAAAUUACCCUGCAGGCAGUUACUAAAGAUUAAUUUGUCUAGUAAAGUACAUAAAAUUACACGCUGAGAGUGUUGAAGUUACCCGGAUGGAUUAAAGGUUUGUAUUUAUUUCAGACAUGUGGAGAAAGAGCGUGUGUGAGGGGUGUAAUGAGCUCAUCCGGGACAGGUACCUGCUCCGCGUGCAGGACGGACUGUGGCACGAGCGCUGCCUGCACUGCGCAUCAUGUCGCGAGCCUCUGAAAGACACCUGCUUCCUCCGCAAUAAGACGCUCUACUGCAAGCGAGACUACCAGAAAUUGUUUUUGGUACGGUGCAAGGGCUGCGCAGAGGUCAUUUCUCCGGCCGAGCUGGUGAUGCACGCAGGCCCUGCGGUUUUCCACCUGCGGUGCUUCUGCUGCUGUGUGUGCGCCUGCAGGCUGCAGAAGGGAGACCGCUGUGUGCUUACAGGGGACAGGCUUUUCUGUGCCAGAGACUAUCACAACCAACUGGCCAGCCCAACCACCUCCGACUCAGGUAAAAGUGAAGAUGUUGAGGAGGAGGAGGAGGAUGAUGAUGAAGACAACAUUAAGACUGCAGGGGACUCAAACACAAUAGGAGACUUGGAACACAAGAGACCUAAAAGGCCCCGUACCAUCCUUACAACACAGCAGAGACGUGCUUUCAAAGCUUCUUUUGAGGUCUCAUCCAAACCAUGUCGAAAGGUAAGGGAGACGCUGGCAGCAGAGACAGGAUUGAGCGUACGAGUCGUUCAGGUCUGGUUCCAGAACCAAAGAGCCAAGAUGAAAAAACUGGCAAGAAGACAACAGCAGCAGAAGCAAAGCGUGUCCUCUCAGGAGAAAAGGGAUAGCCAAUCACAACACACUGCGCCCUCUUGUGGAGUUCUGUCUGCUGAGCUGGAGUGCGCAGGUUCAUAUUCACUUACCCAGCAGAAUAUCAGUCUGGACUCAAGAAACUUCAAGUUGGACCCCUUCAGACAGGGCCUUACCCCUCCUCAGAUGCCUGGAGACCACAUGCAUCCCUAUGGUUGUGACACACUCUAUGACGAUACAGACAGUGACCCUCUGUAUCAUUUUGGAGACUGUAUAUCAUCUAGUGAACCCUCACUUUUAACACCGAUCGACCGAUUGUAUUCAAUGCAAGAUUCUUAUUUUGCCUCUUGAGCAUUAUUUAGACAGCCCAGAAAAGAUAUGUGGAGAGAGUGCAAGUGUGUGUAUGCUUGUGUGUGUAUUCUGCUUAUGCAUGUUUUUUAGGGUAGAAAUGGUGGUGACUGGCAACAAUGGAAAUGUACUGUGAUGAAAAUGUUCUUUGUGUAAUUUGUAUUUAUUAUUUUAUGUGUAAUCUCUGGACUGAAUAAAAUGCUGCGAAAACGUGUAUUUAAAACA